AUGCAGUUCUCCAAGAUUCUCAGCAUUUUCUCGCUCGCCGCGGCCACCUCGGCCGUUACCGUGAGCUACGAUGAGGGCUACGACAGGGCUGAUCGUUCCCUGACGGAGGUUGCUUGCUCGGACGGUACUAACGGCCUGAUGUGGAAGUACAACUGGAAGGUUCUGGGUGACGUUACGGGCUUCCCCAACAUCGGCGGCUCUGAUUCCAUCCCCGGCUGGAACUCCCCCAACUGCGGCACAUGCUGGUCGGUGAGCUACAACGGCAACACGAUUCACGUUGUGGCCGUUGACCACGCCGGCGCUGGCCUCAACCUUGGCCUCAAUGCCUUCAACAAGUUAACGAACAACCACGGCGUCGAGUUGGGUCUCCGAAGUGCUAGGAAUGAGGCCAUAUCGGCGAGCAUCACUGUGGAGUACCAGUGGCCGAGCCCUUCAUACGCCUUCCAUUCGGUAUCCAUACCAACGGCAGCCAAGCACUCGGACGCCGCCUUCCCACGAGUAACCGGGACCUUGUCAUCCUCAAUCCCAUGCCCUAGAAACACCGGCGUAUCGAACGACUGCGGACGGCCAGCCGGCGGCUUCCCCUCCAACUCCAGCAUCUCCCUCAACACCCUUACCACCUUCCCCUCCAUAGCUACCUCCUCCUCCUCCUCCUCGUCCUCCUCAUCCCUCUCAAACGGAUCAAACCCCCCAUCCCCCUCGCCCAAAACCCCCCUAACCCCGGCCUCAAAAACCAACCACCCGCACAUCCCCCAAAACCCCGCCAGCGCCGGCCCCUCCCACAACAGCAGCGCCACCAACCCCGCCGCGCACCCCUGGCUCAGCCCCCCCAGCACCACGUUGUGCGGCCCGCCCACCGCCGCCGCCUCGGCGCGGAUGAGCCCGUGGAGAUGCCGCACCGUGUCGCGCAGGCCGGGGGCGCAGCGCCAUUCUUCGGUGGUGGUGCUGGUGGUGAGGGAGGGGGGGAAGGUUGAGGUGCCAGCUGUCGAACCAUUGGUGGAUGAUGCUGCGGGCGUAUAUGGUGGCGCCGUGAACGGGGGCGAGCCGUACGACGAAUCUGUUUUCGCCUUGGAGGGUGCGGAGGGUGGUUAG